AUGGUCGGGGGUGGUAACAACUUCUACGACAACCAAAGAAUACCAGGUUAUGACUCAUCAACUCACGUACCAUCAGCUAAAGAUGGCACAGGUGGCAGUUAUCAAAACCAUCUACCGUAUCCUUUCUACGGCGAGACACCGUACCAAAUCAAACAAGAAAACACAUACAGCAACUGUAGAUUCAACAUAAAUCAAAGCUAUUUUAGCCCGGAUGCAGGACCGGACAAUUCUCUUAGUCCACCGCCCGUGAACCGUAAUUAUAUGAAAACAAUCAAAAUGGAGGACUCACCGGCUUUACGGGCCUUAUUAACAAAACCCAGCGGUAAGAAAAUUGCUUAUGAUUACACCGAUUUGCAUAAAACUGGAAAUAAUAGUCAUCAGAAAAAUUAUUUUGAUGAUGGCUACAGCAAUUCGAGAGAAGACAGUGAAUUUGAUGGCGAUGAUAGAGACAUGACUGUUUUUAACAAAGAUGACGACGGAAUGUCCGAGGACAAAACUGGUAAUGAUAAUUUAACGGCUGUUCAGGCAAAAUUUUUUCCUUGGAUGAAGAGUUCUCAUGGCGACAUAGGUUCCAAAGGCAGCAAACGCACCCGCCAAACAUACACUCGUUACCAAACUCUAGAGCUAGAAAAAGAAUUCCAUUUCAACAAAUACCUCACAAGACGUCGACGAAUCGAAAUAGCCCAUACAUUAUGCCUAACCGAACGCCAAAUAAAAAUCUGGUUCCAAAAUCGAAGAAUGAAAGCCAAAAAAGAUGGAAAAUUCGGCAUUCAAACUCAAGAGUUUCCAACCCUGGCGGACGGUAACAUGAACCAAAAUAUGUUUCCAGUUGGAACGAACGUUACGAAGGGUUUUUAUCAAAGCUGUAGCCACGGAAGUGGGGAGCUAACGCCAGAGAUUUCGAUAGGGGAUGAGCACAGAAACUCGUAUGACAGUGAUGUUGCGAGGCCAUUAACGGCGUUAAAAAAUAUUCCUGGACCACCUGUUUCACCAUAA